CCUCCCAGGAUGGCAGACCAGAAGCGCCUUGCCUACUCCAUCAUCCAGUUUCUACAUGACCAGCUACAGAAUGGGGGCUUGUCUCCAGAUGCUCAGGAGAGUCUGGAAGUGGCCAUCCAGUGCCUGGAGACAGCGUUUGGGGUCUCGAUGGAAGACCAGGGCCUAGCUGUGCCCCAGACUCUGCCUGAAAUAUUUGAAGCUGCUGUAGGGAAGGAGCCUGAACACCUCAGAACGAAUUCAGAGCCUGUCACCCCCUCUGAAGAUGACAUAGCUGAAGCUGAAAGGCUCAAGACUGAAGGAAAUGAACAAAUGAAGGCAGAAAACUUUGAAGCUGCUGUGUCUUUUUAUGGCAAAGCAAUCGAGUUAAAUCCAUCCAAUGCAGUCUACUUCUGCAACAGAGCUGCUGCCUACAGCAAGCUGGGGAAUUAUGCAGGAGCAGUGAGGGACUGUGAAAGAGCCAUAGGCAUUGACCCCAACUACAGCAAAGCUUAUGGCAGAAUGGGCUUAGCCCUUUCCAGUUUAAAUAAGCACACAGAAGCUGUGGUUUACUACAAAAAAGCCCUGGAGCUGGAUCCAGACAAUGACACCUACAAAUCCAACCUGAAAAUAGCUGAACAGAAGAUGAAGGAGGCUCCAAGUCCAACUGCUGCUCCAGGAGGAUUUGAUCUGGCUGGCUUGCUCAACAACCCUGGCUUCAUGAGCAUGGCCUCCAACCUCAUGAACAACCCCCAGGUGCAGCAGCUCAUGUCUGGGAUGAUUUCUGGGGGCCACACCACCAUGGGAGCAGCAGGCACCAGCCCCUCCACCAAUGACCUUGCCACCCUCAUCCAGGCGGGCCAGCAGUUUGCUCAGCAGAUGCAGCAGCAGAACCCUGAACUAAUAGAGCAGCUCAGGAGCCAGAUCAGGAGUCGAACUCCCAGUGCCAGCAACGAGGACCAGCAGGAAUGAGCCCUCCAGCACCAACCCUUGGGUGAACUCUUGUUCUUUGCUUUAAACCACAAAAAACAAACUGGAAGCCAUGUGAGUGGUGUUGCCAUUUCUUGAGUUGGAAGUGUCCAAGAAAGGAAAAAGGGAAAGGGAGAGGGAAA